AUGAAGAAUUUUCUCUCCUGCGCCUUGCUGGCUCUUCCGGCUAUCGCUCGGGCCGCCUCAUUCUCUUUUUUGCCCUCAGGCGCUUCUUCUUCCUCGAGUUCUAGCCACUCCUUCACCCGAACGAACUCGAGUACCAUUCUAAGCACAUCCUUAUCGUCUAGUCGAACCAGGAGCAAGUCCAGCAGCGCGGUAAUUACGACUACCAGCAGCUCCGUUCACUUCAUUGUUCCGACGGUCACUUCCACGAUCCCUUUCAGUUUUGGCGUGGUAUCUCCUUCACCGAAACCAACUUCCAGCGGCGGUAGUGGUGGGUUCGUCGUUGUCAAUCCGGCAAACCCUACCGAGACUGUCGGGUUCACAACUACCAAACUGCCGGCAGCCCAUCGGUCAGACUAUCCUGAUGCGACUGACUUGGCUCCUCUCGCGCUUCUGGGUCUACUCUUCCUUGGAGCACCACUAGAAUUACCCGCUCUUCUCUUCGGCGGGGGGGUGGUCGUUUUCCCGUUUGCUUCGGAGGCUGUUUUAGCUUCCGCAGCUGCAUGGCUCGCCUUGGAAUCAUAUCCGGACCCUGAUGAAGUGGACGAGGAUAAUCACGACAAGCCAACAAGCAAGCCUUCGGACAAGCCAAGCUCCACGAAGUCCCGAAAGUCUUCCUCGAGGUCUUCAUCAUCAUCGUCCUCAAAAUCUAACUCGAUCCCAACGAUUACUGAGACGGUCGCAAUCACGCUCUCUUCCAUGGAGGCAGAUAUAGGAACAAAGUCAGAAUCGUAUUUUACCAUCGAUCAGAAUUUCUACGGUACCACGAUAAUCAUCACUGAUGGGACCGAAACUGGGUCUAUGAGCAGUGCAAGCUCGACCGGGUCGGUGUCUAGUAGCUCAGUGUCUAGUAGCUCGGUGUCCAGCAGCUCGAUAUCUUCCAGCAGGUCUCGGUCGUCCAGCUCCCCCUCUUCUUCCGUAUCCUCGCCAGUUUCUACGACAGAAUCAAAGACAUCGCAUUCCUCGAAAUCAUCUCACUCAUCAUCACCUUCGUCUAGCUCGCCAAGUCCUACAUCAUCUGAAACAAAGACUUUGUCUUCCACCAAGAAAACAUCCCACUCUAGCUCGCCGUCGCCUUCAAAGUCUGCAGAGGGAGCGGCGCCUCCCGUUACUGCUACUAUCCCAACAAUAACUCCGUCGUGUAUCCAAGGUUAUGCGACUCCAACUGCCCACGCAAUAGUCUCUGCCAAUGCAAAGGCCCCUUCUAUUAAGAUAUACGUUCCGGCUGCCGAUAAUGCUGGAACGAAUUGGAACGUAGUGUUUGACCCUGGUUUCGGCGUCGAUCCCGCCAACAACAUGCAGAACUGGCAAGUUGUGAUUGAUCCGCAAGGGAACGGGGGCUUUACAAACAUUGUUGCUAGUGGCGCGACCAGUGAUCCUAUCAAAUGGACAGCGCCGGCUGGAGCGAAGGGCACUUUCAUUCAGCUGCUAUUCAACAAGGGCCUUGGCAAGCAGACCUAUGGCCUGGAUGUUCUCGGCGACGCGAAGGCUUGCAUGCCUACGUGCCAGGAGCCUCCGACAACCGUUACUCGUAAUGGCGCGAUUUGUAUCAAGAACGGCUGCUCCAACGACGUCAACUGCCAGCCCACGAGCACGCCGAUACCGAAUCCAGCUGGAACGGAUGUCCAUGUGAGGAACGGUUGUGCAAGCAUCAACGGAAGCCCGCGAUGCGAUAGCGACUCUACGUUCGAUUCCAAGUAUAACGUCGCAGACAACAACCAGCCCUAUGCAAGCGCCGCCAUCUAUGGCAACUUCGACAAAACUAAUUCUAUGAACGGAAACGUCCAACCAGGCUGCAAACUCCAGGCCCAAUGGCCAGCCAACUACGGCGACGUCUACUUCGACGUCAGUGACGGGUGUCUCUACGACUCUGGCAACUCCAAAAUCUGGGACGAAUGUUGCACCGACAGCACAACCGACCAGAUCUCCAACCCCUACGAAAAGGUCGCCGCCUCCUGCCAGCGCACGCCGGGGGUCGGCUUCGUGCACUUCGAGAUCUACAGCAACGGGUGGAUCACCGACGGCGGCAAAACGCUGCACGACGAGAUCAACGGGUGCACGCCGACGAGCGUGACGAGCUGGAGCUUUGGGUGGAACCAUGGCGUGCAGAAGGACGGGUCGGCUGCGAAUCUCGGAGACUAUGAUACGGAGUAUCUGGCGAAGUUCAAUAUUGAUCUGUUCUUUAAGAACGGGUGUGUGGGCCGGGCGAUUGCGAGUGCGGGCGGGCCGGCGGGUGUGGAUUGUUAG